ACGACAAUGGCCACCCUGCAGAACACAGCCAUGGUCAAGUCCCUGCUGCUGGUGAUGCUGGGGCUCACCCUCCUGCAGGACACGGCAGCUCAGAUAACCCCCAAAGCAGAGGAUGCUGCCCUUUGCCCUCCUCUGGAGGACAAUAGCGUAAGGGUUGACAUUCACAUCCUCAAUCAAAACCAGGGUGUUCACAUCGCACAUGACUUCCAGAACCGCUCCAACUCCCCCUGGGAUUACAACAUCACCCGGGACCCCCACCGGUUCCCCUCUGAGAUUGCAGAGGCCCAGUGCAGGUUCUCAGGCUGCGUCAAUGCCGAGGGGAAGGAAGACAGCUCCAUGAACUCCGUUCCCAUCCAGCAAGAGUUCCUGAUCCUCCGGAGGGAAGCCCAGGGCUGCUCUCAUUCCUUCCAGCUGGAGAAGAUGAGGGUGACUGUUGGCUGCACCUGCGCCACCCCCAUCGUCCGCUAUGCACGUGGCUUGAGCGCUACACAUCAGCUCAGCUGA